AUGUCUUUCAAAGACAGCCCUUCCUCCAGCCCGUCCAAGGCGCGGCCCAUUCCCUCGGGCAGCUUCUCGACUGCCUCUCAGGCCGAUGCCAGCUGGGCAGGAUCUCCCUCGAGGGCCUCGACCACCGCUCGGCUCGCUGCUACGCCUGCAGCCGUAGGCUCGCCGAGCGGGCGGUCGGCGCAGAAUGUCCCAGCACCGCAGGAAACGCGACAGAGUCAGGAGCCGCUCGCAGGUGCAUCCGGAAGCUCUGUGCCUGGCCCGGGGCCUUCUUCGCUUUCCCAGGCACUGCGAGGGUCGAUGGGACAGUCUCCCUCCAGAGCUGGGGCUCAGCCGCCAGCGAGACAGUCACAGGGCACAAAGCGUUACGAGAGUCCAGCAAGGGGAGAGGGCGAUGGCUCGGGCUCAUGUACACCGGCGUCGUAUGCCACACAGCUUGGACGUAGCCCGACACCGAAAGAGGACAUCGAGGUGCUGAAGAGACAUCUCGUGGGAGGAGGGAAUGGGUCAGAGCCCGGAUCGUUCAAGAAAGGGUCGCCAUUCCAGGCUCAGCAAAGUCAGGCCGGUGAAGAGGGAGAGUUUUCAAGUCUACAAUUACAAGGCGGAGACACGCAUCGGCACAUCUACCGCUAUGCGGAGAAGAAAGGGCGAGAGCAAGAAGAUGCGGGAAAGCUACGACGGAGCAUGAGCUAUAGUGCUCCCAAGAAGGACGAUGACGACGACGACAUCUCCUUCAUCCAGAAGCCGGGCGGGUUCCGCAGAGAUCAUCUGCGUCGGGCUGCUGGCUCUCCUGCUCCUUCGAGCACAAACCAGAGGCGCGGCUAUGGUACUGUGAGCCGUAGCCAAGGCCGGAAUGCGUACACCGAGCCUACGAAACCGCAGUUCGUCACGAGCAAUUUUAUCGAAUUCCUGACGCUUUACGGCCAUUUUGCUGGUGAAGAGCUGGAAGAGGAUGAUGAGGUCCUCGAGCGAGACGAGUACUUUUCUUCCGACGCAUACGACGACGCCACGACCGAAGCAGACGACGAUAGGUCUGAUCGUGACUGGGGUGAGGAUUCUGCACUUCUCACUCCCGGCAAGCGAAAACGAAAGCGAAAGGCUCGCGCAGAGGGCAAAGGCACGCCGUUUGGUGCUGCCAUGCUUCUUCUCAAGUCGUUUGUCGGGACUGGGGUGCUCUUCCUGCCGCGCGCGUACCUCAACGGGGGCAUGCUGUUCUCCAACCUGGUCCUCCUUUUCAUCGCCAUCUUGUCCUACUACUGUUUCAUUCUACUGGUCAGCGUCCGCCUAAAGGUCCACGCCUCUUUUGGUGACAUGGGAGGCAAGAUCUUUGGACCUUGGUUCCGCAAUCUCGUCAACUUCUCGCUUGUCAUCUCGCAGAUUGGCUUUAGCUCGGCGUACAUUGUCUUCGUUGCUGAGAAUUUGCGAGCGUUCGUACUUGCUGUCACUCGGUGCAAAUCGGAUGUCGACAUUGGACUCAUGAUCCUGGCACAGAUGAUCAUCUUUCUGCCCAUGAGCCUGUACCGCAACAUCAACCACAUCCAAAAGAUGGCUCUUUUGGCGGACGUCUUCAUUCUUCUGGGCCUGGUCUACGUCUACUACUACGAUGUGCGCACGAUUGUGCAUCACGGAGGGAUCGCCGAUAUUGAGAACUUCAAUGCUCAGUACUGGACACUGCUCAUUGGUACGGCAAUCUUCACCUUUGAGGGGGUUGGUCUUGUUAUACCCAUCCAAUCUGGUAUGGCCGAGCCGCACAAAUUCCCUCGCGUCAUGGGAACGGUCAUGAUUAUCAUCUCCGUCAUCUUCAUUUCUGCCGGAGCGCUCUCGUAUGCUGCAUAUGGAAGCAAGACGAAGACGGUCAUCCUGCUCAAUAUGCCUCAGGAGAACAAGAUGGUCAAUGCCGUGCAGUUCAUCUAUAGCUUGGCCAUUCUGCUCAGCACGCCAUUGCAGAUCUACCCUGCGAUUGAGAUCACUAGUCAACAGCUGUUCUCCCGGACUGGAAAAUACAAUCCCUUCAUCAAGUGGAAGAAGAAUGUCUUUCGAUUCUUCAUGGUGGCGCUGUGUGCCUCGAUUGCAUGGGCGGGUGCGGGUGACCUCGACAAGUUUGUCUCUCUUGUCGGGUCGUUCGCGUGUAUCCCGCUGGUGUACAUCUACCCGGUAAGUGCAAGCCCUUUCGUUUUUUCUAUCUGAAAUUCGCGCUGACUGCUCCGUAUAGCCCCUCAUGCAUUACCGUGCAGUUGCCACCACCACGUGGCAGCGCGUCACGGACAUCGUCCUCGUCAUCUUCGGCUUUGCUUCGAUGAGCUAUACCACGGCCCUCACCAUCAUCGCCUGGGCUUCUGGGCAACAAGACAAGACCCCGGGAUACUGCGAUAGCCUGCACGGCGGUGCUUUCUGA